GAAUGUCCUACAACGAGCUAUCGCAGCACCUCUUUGACUUUGUUGUCCAGCUGUUACCGACUGCAGAGGAAAUGGCAAUUAAGGAAGACGUGCGGAAGCUGCUUGAGAAGCUCAUCAGGUCUAUCGAACCUGAGAGCCGACUGCUAUCAUUUGGGAGCACCGCUAAUGGAUUCAGCUUAAGGAAUUCAGAUAUGGACAUGUGUUGUUUGAUCGACUCGAAAGGGCCGAUACUGCCUGCAUCCGAUCUUGUCAAUGCCCUUGGUGAUUUACUAGAGAGAGAAACCAAGUUCAAAGUUAAGAGACUACCAUAUGCCCGAAUACCUAUCGUCAAACUAGCUCUCGAACCAUCUGCUAGCCUACCGUACGGAAUAUCAUGCGACAUCGGUUUCGAGAACCGCCUAGCGCUUGAGAAUACCAGGCUACUACUGAGUUAUGCCAGCGUAGAUCCCACGCGUGUUCGCACAAUAGUACUGUUCCUAAAAGUAUGGACCAAGAGAAGGAAAAUUAACUCGCCCUAUUGUGGAACAUUAAGUUCAUACGGAUACGUUCUCCUCGUCAUCUAUUUUCUUGUACAUGUGAAGAAUCCACCCGUACUUCCUAAUUUACAACAAAUGCCUCCUCUGCGUCCUAUCACGCCUGAGGAUCAUCAUAUUGGUGAACAUAAUAUAUGGUUUUUCGACGACAUCGAACUCCUCAAACAAAAUUGGCGGUCAUCAAAUACGGAAACCGUCGCGGAGUUGCUGGUCGACUUUUUUAGGUAUUAUUCCCGUGAAUUCCAGUAUAAUACUGCUGUAGCUUCAAUACGUGCUGGCGAGUUGAGUAAAGAAUCUAAAGGGUGGGCUGGCGAGGGCGAUGCCAGGGACCCAUCUAGGGAACGUAAUAGACUAUGUAUAGAGGAUCCCUUUGAAAAGAAUUAUAACGUCGCUCGCACAGUUACUAAAGACGGUCUAUUCUUGAUUCGUGGAGAAUUUAUGCGGGCAUUCCGAAUCCUCGUUUCCAAACCGGACCGGACGCACUCUGUCCUCACUCAGUUAUGUGAAGAAAGGGAUGAAACGCCACUGACACCAUUGACUGAAACAAUAUACCCCCAGCCUAUUCCCCAUUUUACGUCGAUAUCUCGCCCGGCUCUGCACAUUGUAGACACUUCGCCGCGCAGCAUUCCCGUCGAUCGCCUGUCGCCGCCCCAGAACUUCUUUGGCACUUCUACACCUCCGGAUGAUGAAUUGAGAACAUCUCAAGAGGUAGCCGUUGCUGAUCGUCCCUUACCCGAGCAUAUGGCCCCAACACGGAGUAAGUGGACGUCACCACCACCCCCUGACGCAUCGCCCACCGAUUUGGAGUCUUACAACAAGCAGCUUGGCUUGGGUCUCACUCUUGCCACCUCAUCAAAUGCACGGGAGCCAGAACCAUCGUCGCUCUCGUCAAGGAGCAGCGAAGCAACAGACGACGACCUUCGGUCGAACCCGACAGACUCGCAACCUCCUAGUCCCCCGAGUGAUGCACCGUCACCAGCAUCUUUCUUUACGGCUCGACGGCCCCCUCCUAUCCAAGUGCAACCCGGGGGCAAUGCUUCCUCUGACUCGACCAAGGAUGACGGUGCUGGGCAGACGCCAAAGCCUACUCAGGCGUCAUCAGAACAAGAACAGACGCGUGGACGAGCAAUGGAAAGAUUAGAAUCCGGCACUUCUUUUGGAGUCAGUUUGCCCAGAAACGGGGACACCGCAGUCCCCCCAACCUCAGACCAGCCUAGGCGAGCCUCCUCCGGUCCGCCUAGCUUAAGAGGUUCCGAGUCAUCCUCUUCUUCAUCUCCACCAGAUAAGGCGCCGAAAAACCUGCGUAGCAGACAGCAGAAGGGACCUCCAUUGACCCUUGACACUGCUUACUUUGGCACUACAGCGCCCACGCCCCCUGUUAUCUCGCCUGCAAGUAUCCCGGGGACUUCGCGAGUGCAUGCUACAACGCCCUAUGUGGCUACUGCACCCCAUAUCCAUAUCAUCCUUCCAUCUAUUCUCCUCCAGUCCGACAGCAUUAUCACUCGGGUUCGGGGCCAUCACAUUAUCCUGGAUCUGUUACAAUCUAUCGUUCACAGCCUCAAGCAACCACGUUCCCUCUCUACCAGCAAUCUGACCACAAAGUAUCCCCAACAUCCUCGGCCAGUCCAAGUUCACCUGUCGCCCGGAAUCAGGAUACCAAUCACCCUGUGGGCCCUACGCCGAAGAAACAAUCUCCAACAAGCAACCCUAGGUCGACAAAACCACGCCCAUCUCCAUCUGCUGUCGCUCCCACUGCCCUUGCAGAAAGUCCGCGGUCACAAUCUCGGACGAAACACACAACUAAUAAGCCAACUCCCGUCUCCACCAAGGCCCCGUCGCCGUCAUCGACGAGAAGCAAAGGCAAAAACCCGCCUUCAAGUGGCUCCUCGACUCGUAAUACUUCAAGAACGAGGGGAUUGUAUGAUCCCUCUGCCGCAUUCCGCAUACCAACAACCGUUCUUCCACCUUCGCCUCCUGAGAGCACCAAAUCGUUCAACUCUUCAUCCGCACGUACGAGGGAUUGCUCCACAUCAUCCUCGGGUUCCUCACCAGGACGCGGCACGUCUCCGAGAUCAAGUCCUGGAAUGGGCUCUACGCCUGGGAUACCAAGCUCAACAGAGCCGGUGUUUGUCUGGCCAGUCCUGUGAUGGAUCGACUAUCAUCCAGACUCUACAAUUCCCGUUCUUUAGCCCCGUUCGAACCUCGAUCGAUCAAUUGCAACCCUGUCUGUUUCACAUGCUCCUGCCCAAUUUUUCCCUUCAUCUUACACCACCAUCGUGAUCGAUGGCUUCGUUUUUUUCGCUUAGAUCUGCCUCUCGUGAUCGGCUCACUCGUCUUGCACGCGCUGAAGCAUACGAACAACUAGCUCUAGUCAUGCUGACAUCAUAUCCAUCCUUACCCUGCCGUUCCCUCCUAGUCGCAGCAUGUUGAAACACUCCCUGACGAUAUGUGCAUUAGAUUGGAGAAUGAUAAGGGACUUUUCAACCAUAUACACAAUCUGAUCAUUUUUGCGCCCAAUUCAGCAGAUCCCUAAUAUACUCGAUGACUGCAGCUGUUUGCUACAGCGUUGAACCCGCACAGAGACAGAGAUAGAGGCAACCAAACUAGCUCCGUUCGAUCUCGGGAGUAGGCCGCCCUAGUGAAUUUCGGUCGUUUCGAUAGGCUUACCCACACUGGGCGAGAAUAGAUAGAGAGUACUGGUUGCAUAACCCGAUUGG